CAAAAGCCAAGAGCGAUCAUUUGCAUUUCGGUCUUCUUCACUGCAGCCAAGACCAGUUGAAUCGAACAAGUUCAUGAGGACCAUCGUAGAAUCACCGGCACAGCGAUGAAUCUAAAGUUUUGUCGUUUCGACGGGUGGCCGCAGCUUCUGAUGGCGGUUCUGCUCUGCACGGUCGCAAGUGCAAAUCCUACCGAUAGCACCGAGCCGUGCGACGAAAGCCAGUUCGUGUGCGCUAACGGCCAUUGCAUUAAUGGUCACUUCAGGUGUGACAACGACGACGACUGUCAAGAUGGCAGCGAUGAACUCGAGUGUAUUCUACCUGGCCAGACCUGCACAAUAAGUGAGUUUGAGUGCGAAAACAGAAAGUGCAUCAGGAAAUGGUACGUCUGUGACUUUGACAAUGACUGUGGAGACGGCAGUGAUGAGAGCAACUGCAACUACCCCGAUGUCCCGUGCGGGGAGGACGAGUUCCGAUGCUCCAACAGACGUUGUAUCCCGACGCUCUUCCGGUGCGACUACGUCGACGACUGCCGUGAUCGCAGCGAUGAACUUGACUGCAUUCGUGGUUGAGGUGUCUAGUCCAGGUUCUCCAGCUCUCAUCCGGUGAUACUGUUUUGCUGACGUGCAUUUGACAACGACCAACAUGCAAUGCAAAUAAAAUGUAACUCCUACAUACCUGAUACCACUACACAUGCUUCUAUACAGUGAUAUCAUAAAACUUUCAUCACUGUAAAAUUAUCUUCAAUUUACUUAUUUAUACUUUCACUUAAAUUGUACAACUAUAAUCAAGAAGUUGAAGGUUUUUGAGUUCCAAAUAAGCUCAUUUAGCUGCCGAUGCAGCUAAUGGCGGUCAUUGAUUCUUAUUGCUCCCAGCAUCUUGAAAGGAUCUCAGAGUAAAACCGAUUGAAUUCAGAUCUAUGUUUCAUCGGCAGUUACUGUAAUGGAAUAAAUCAUUCCAAGCAUUCAGCAUUGUCCGUUAAAUUAUCAACUGAAUUCUUCAAUUUUUUCAAUGAAAUUUCAGGAGCCAAAUUAAUUAGGUACUCGCAUAAUAAAUAUCCGCUAACUAUCAUAAUCUGCAGAAGACGGCAUCAAAACAUUUUUUUAUGCAGAGUAUUAUUCAUUUCAUUGAAUUUCUUUUUGGCAUAUAUCAAUACAUCUUUAUUUUUAGCAAGUAAGCAUACACGUUCAAUAAGUUACUUCUAUACAGACAAAUUUGCUUGAA